AUGCAAGCUACUCUAUUACACAUCUUACUUGGGUGUUUUUCAUCCAACUCCGAGCUCCGAGGACCGAGCUCCGAUAACCACCUACAUGUAUUGGCUUUCGACUGCCAUUCCCUAGUCAUACCAGGUGUCCAUGCAAUGGCAACCACCCGCCGUAAUGGUCAAUUAGCAUCUUGCGAGUCAUGUCGUAGUUCAAAGUUGCGAUGUGAUCAUUUAAGUCCUAUCUGUGGACGCUGUGAGCGCCGCGGUCUUCAAUGCAUCUAUCACCCGGCACCACUAACGCAGCCCCUCACUGGAAUACGCCCCGAAAAGAAACGCCGCGUCGUGUUUGAAUCAGACCCUUCCAGCAACGUCAAUCGAAUGCAAAAUGAGAACGAGGCCUGGACGCGGAAAAAAGCAUCAGUCUCGGCCCCAGGGUUUCUGGGGCAAACUAGUUACUCCGAUGCGUUCACAGAUACCAGAAAUGAACUCCUUGUCGGAUUCCCAUGCCUCACUAGUCAUGAUAAGUUUCCCAUCGACCAAAGGCGGAUCAAUCUCGGUGCCCAGGUCUUGGCGCUACUGGAGAACCUCCCAUUUUAUAGAGAUGUGGUCACCGCUCGAUUCAAGAUAUGGAAGGGAUGGAGUCUUGGCUGGCCAGUUACGAACAUGAUUUUCACUGCCGUUGAGAAGAUGUGGACCUCACUAGAAUCUGCGCAUAUGGACACAAGGCAACGCGCUUUGUUCUUGUCUAAAAGCCUCUUUGAAACGCAUGGCCGAGCACUUGAGGUACACCCUUCGAUGACCUGGGAGGACUUCCAGUCUGCGGCUGCCGGAAGAUGGGAGCUGAUUGGGAUGCUCUUCACUCUGACAGGCCUAGCCACUGACUGGGUCCCCCAUGAUGACCCUAUCUUCAUGCGUCAGAAUACGAUGGAUCCGAAAAGUUUGGCUAUAACCGCAACUGCUGUAGGGGACAUAUGUCUUCAGUUCUGCGAUAGUACUGGAAUUGUGAAUGACAUUGUAGCCUGGCUGCUGUUGCACCAGGUCACACUUUUAGCAAUAGUCUAUGGUGAAAGUGACUUUCGACCAUGGAGAAAGUUAGGAGAAUUAUCGACAACGGUAUUUGCACUCGGGCUUCACCAGGACUCUAGCACCAAGGCUCCAUUUUUUCUUUCUGAGAUGCGAAAAAGAACCAUGGUCGCGGCCUAUUCAGUGGACAAAAUGCUUGCCACUUUCCUGGGUCGCCCGCCGCUCAUCAGCUGGCGCUACUGUGAUAUUCAAAUGCCACUUGACUUGAGCAUUGAGGAGAUUUUCGCAGACUCAGUCAUUCGUAAUGCGGCAAUCGCGCGACUGGAUGAGAAGACUGGAUGGAAUCUAGAAUCAAGCUUGACGAAGGGCACGUGGCCACGAAUUGCCUUGAUCACCAGCGUUCUCCGUGAAAGGGUCUUGGAACUUUCACUAAGUUGCCAGCUCGAGAAUCUUUGUGAAAGAGUCGAGCAGCUUUCACGCGAAUCCCGCCAAUUACGACAGGGACUGCCAGAAUUCCUCCAUUGGAAACCUGAUAUUGACGGGGUGGCACUUCCCAGGGUAGAACAUGAUCUCCUUUUCGAGAUUCAUGUAGAGUUUCUCCACAACGAGUUCCUGCUCUACCAGACCCUUGGUAAACGCACUCAGACACAGCCCGAGGCAAUGAUUAGUAUCGCUCGAGAGAUACUCAAAGCAUUAGUCACUAUGAUUUCCCAGAAGACUCGCUCUAGACAGCCCAUCAAAGACUUUGCUAUUAAUGUGUUCUUGCCGGGACUCCCUUCUGCCGGUGUUCUCUGUGCAGAAUUACUUCGUCGAUCCCGAUCAACGGUGACAAGCACUUUUCCGGGCUUUCCUCGCUCAGAGACCAUUCAAAAUUUGACCCUUUUCGCGGCAUAUUUAGACACCAUGAUUAAUCCCCAUGAUGGUAACUACCGUGUGGCACAGCAAAGUCAGAGGGCAAUCCGCCAUGUCUUGGACCAAGUCCUCUCCACGGAAGGGCCAUCCUCUGUCAUAGAAAACACUGGAGCUAGUGAACCGAUUGAUGAUGCGAACUUGCUUGACGGUGCGAAUUUGGACGAUCAUGACUUAUUUCUUGGUUGGCUUGAUGGCAAUAUGCAACACAUGUCCGACUCUUGGCUCGGAUGGGUUAAUUUCACUUGA